CGAGGAAGAAAAGCGCUCGCGGCUUGCGGCCGGCCACCAGUGCGUCGCGCAUCUUCGGACCCCGCGGCAGCGCUUCGCCACACGUUUUGUGGGCACUCCGCGCAAGCAGACGACGCGCGAGCAGACGACACGAGAAAGCGCCGGUACGCAGUGCGUUCCUUGCUAGCUGGUGACGUUACCGUGCAGGAGCCAACAGUCAUGGCCGAAGAAGAGCUCUCUGAGAAGUUCGCGCGCCGGGAGGCGAUCGAGAGGGGCGAGAUCAAGGAUCUUAAAGUGAGCGAAGGAUUCAACCCUUACAUCGAGUUUUCGCGCAAGGAGAUCAAGGAGUACGAGAAGCACUUCAAGAAGUUCGACCUGAACGGCGACCAUGUGCUGGACUUCGAGGAGCUGAAGCGCAUGAUGGAGAUCCUGGGCGCCCCGCAGACCCACCUGGCGCUCAAGGAGAUGAUCCGCCAGGUGGACGAGGACUACGACGGCACCAUCAACUUCAGGGAGUUCUUGCUGAUCUUCAAGAAGGCACGUGACGGCGAGCUGAGCACGGACGGCGGCCUCAGCGCACUUGCGCGGCUGACGAGCAUCGACGUGGAGAAGGCAGGCGUUGGGGGAGCGAAGAACUUCUUCGAGGCCAAGGCGAUGGAGCUGAACCGAGGCAACCGGUUCGAGGAGGAGAUCAAGCAGGAGCAGCUGGAGCGAAAGAUCGAAGAAGAAGAGCGCAAGAAGCGGCAGGCUGCUUUCAUGGAGAAGGCAAACUUCUUCAAGAACGCCGCCGCCACGUAGCGAGGGUGCGCCACAGCACCGCGCUGCUACUGCUGCGGCCAUCACACAAGCUCGUCGCCAGUCCAGCCUCGGCUACAAGUCACCUGUUACACCGUGUCAGCGUUCAGUACUUCACAUGACUCUGAGAGUAUAUUUUUUAAUCAAACAAAACGCACUCCGUGCCCUGCAGCGCCGAUUCGCCGGCGUUAUCAGUUCCUUCGGGCAGCGCUGAGCGCAUGGCCACUGAACGGUAUCUAAUAUAUAUUUCACAUGAGUGUAAAUACGCAUGUAAAUAAAGAUGAGAGGACCAAAAGAUA